AUGAAGCUCUUCACCCUCACCCUCGUCUUCACUCUCACCCUCUUCACCUACGCUCAAGACAUCCGCUCCCUCCCUCAAUGCGCACAAGGUCCAGUACUAGACGCCAUAUCCGCCUCCGGCUGUCCCCUCACAGACAUAAAAUGCAUCUGCGCAAACAAAGAAUUCAUCGCCGGUCUCCUCGAGAAGAUUCCCAAGGUCUGCACUUCAGCGGAAGUAGAUCGUAUGCCCAUCCUUUCUCAUCCAUCUCCCCCAUCUAUCCCUUCUGCUCUGAGUGAUGUUGAUAAAUGUGUAGCGACUGUUGAUUUCGCGAAUAAACUCUGCGCAGCAGCAGGCGUGACGUUGAAUCUGGUUAAUCCGCUUGCGUCGUCUACGACGUCUGCUGUUUCAUCGACGAGCUCUAGUGCAGUGGCUACAACUUCGUCGGUGGGGAAUAGUACUAUUACUUCUGCUGCGACGCCGAAUUCGGCAUCAACUACGAGUGCGGCGCCGGCAACGUCGAGUUCGGCGGCUGCAGCUGGGAGAGUUGAGGGGUUUGCUAUGAGAGUGGUUGGUGGUGGGUUGGCGAUGGCGGUUGGGUUGGUGUUGUAG